AGGAAGUGUUGCUGGCGCGGCGGUUACCCGGGGAUGAGCUCGGAGAGGGGGAACGUCUCGCGCACGCGGCCCCAGCGCUACCAGAACGCGCGCGCCUUCAAGAACGACAAGUACGACACGAGCGCGCGGCGCAAGAAAAUAAAUGCUAAGCUUCAUGAUGGAGUGUGCCAGCACUGCAAAGGUAUCUUGGAGUGGAGGGUCAAAUUCAGCAAGUACAAACUACUAUCAAAACCAAAAAAAUGUGUAAAGUGCCUCCAGAAAACUGUAAAAGAUCCUUACCAUAUUAUUUGUCGACCAUGUGCUGGUAAACUAGAAGUCUGUGCUAAAUGUGGGAAAGAAGAAGAAAUAAUUAUUCCGAUUGAUAAAGAACAAGAGAGUGUGACUACUAAAAAUGACCGAGAAAGCAGUGGAUUGGAGGCUGAACUGGGUUUUAAUGCAAACUUCAGUAGUGCAGAAAGUGAUGAAGAUUCUGAUGUGCUUGAAGAACAGUUCAGAAGUAUGAAUUUUGAAAGGACAGAGGCCUAAAAAAUUGAGUUUAUCUAAGAGAUUAUAUGCAAUGAAAAGC